AAAAAUCUACUUCCUGAAUUUGAAAUACGUCACUUGGCGCAUGCGCAAGAUGCUCCUGCACUAGCUUUUUGUUGAUUUGCUACAUGCUACUUGUGCUAACAGCAAGUAUUUUCUGCUUAUGUCGGCCUGGACACAAAUAUGGACAUCACCACGUUACUGGAAGCGCUUCAAGAUUUUGAGAAGAAGGGAAAGAAAGAGACCAUUCCACUUCUAGAGCAGUUCCUGUGUCAUGUUGCCAAGACUGGAGAGCCACCGCUUUCAUGGACACAAUUCAAACCAUACUUCAUGUUUAAGUUGGAAAGCAUCAUGGAUAGUUUUCAUGCUUCGGCGCCAGACCAGAGACAUGUAGAUAACCCUAAUGUAGAGCAUGUCACCUUCGAAGAGAUGAAGAACAGAAUCCUAAAAAUAGUUGAUGGCUACAACGGGAUUCCAUUCACUAUUCAGCGCUUAUGUGAACUGUUAACAGACCCUAAACGAAAUUAUUCAGGAACCGGAAAAUUUCUUAGGGGCCUGGAGAAGAAUGUGAUGGUCGUCAGCUGCUUAUGUUCUACAUCAGAAAAAAAUGGGUCCUUGAAUGCAAACAAAAUGAAUGGCGUGAUGUUUCAGGGCAAUUCUCAGUAUUCUGAAAGUCGAAACAUCAAUGGACCAAGCAUGCCAAAACCACUCCACAGAUCAAGGCUGGUUCUGGCAUCUUCAUUUUCAUCUAAUGGGCUCCCAGAGAGUAAAGAAAGUGAGACAACAACAGAGAAGCCAAAAGAACAAAUUAGUGAUACCGCAUUAUCAGAAGAGGAAGUGUCCCCAAACAGCGGGACUAAGAACAAGCACCAGGAGGAAGAGGAGGAAGAGGAACAGAAUGUGGAUGGCCCCGAGGUUAAAAGGCUGAAGACUGAGAGUGAAGAGAAGGAGCCAGUGCGACUAUCAGAGGCACCGCACUCUGGCUCUGAAGAGGACUCCAGUGAUGCUUUCUGUGAGACACCUACUAUUUCGGAAAAAGAGGAGCAAUGCCACGGAGAUGAAAUUUGUGAAAACCAGGACUCAUCUGAAGACAAGACUCCCAAAAAUGAGAUGGAGAACACUGCUGUUGAUCAACAAGAGGCAGAAACCUCCUUCAGAGACAAAAGCCGGGCUCUGAAAGCAGACAGUGUACAGAACAGUGACAUAGGGGAUGGAGAGGACCCAGUGUCCACAUCAGCUUCUCCAGCUGAUUCAACAGACUGUGAUGUUGACUCUUCAGACAGCUCAAAAACAGAACAUAAACCCGAGGGACAAGAUUGAAAACCAAAAGCACAACUUGGCAAAAAACUGUUUACACUGUAUAUUAUUACAGCAAAUGUAUAUUUCUGUAGCACUGUGGUCUUCUAAGCAACAAGACCAGGAACAAUGUGAAGUUUCCUGUUUCCUCUUAGUACAAGCACAUUGUCUGGUCUCUAAACUGGAAGGAUACAAUAAGACUUUAAUGAAAACUUGGCUUUUUCACUGUUAAAAUUUCUUACCAUUUGAUCUUCAUUUUUAUACUUUUACCAGUGUAUUUAAGUGUGGUUACUAAUUUAGGCUGUUGUUUUAUUAAUAUCACAUGAUAGAAAAACAAAAAAGAUUGGUUUACAAAUGGUUUAUCUUGCUCAUAGGUUCUUGUAACUACCAAUAAGGAAACAUAUUUGAUUUCACACAGGUCAUAAAGUUUUAUACAUCUUUGUAAUUAGCCUUGAUAUGUAUAUGAAUUUUGUAAAAACUUGACACCACUUAUUGCUGGCAGUAUGUAACCUUACUGGAUAAAUAGAGGUUUGACUAAAA